CUACUGGUGCAACAACGCCCUCCUAGUCAUCUUCCUCUCGCCGCCCUUCGUGGAGAUCCUCAAGCGAGCCAUGGGGCAGAACGUCCCGCUUAUUCUGCCCUUCUUCUACUGGUUCCCCUUCGACCCCUUCGCGAGGAUCUACUACGAGGUCAUACUGGCGUUCCAGACAUGGCAUGGUCUGAUAACCAUCUGGUUCAUGCUAUGCGGGGACCUGCUAUUCUGCAUCUUCCUCAGCCACAUCACGACGCAGUUCGACCUGCUCUCAGUGAGGAUCAAGAAGCUGAUAUAUGUGCCGGUAGACGGACAGCUGGUCAAGGAGUAUCCUUUGGCGGAAUACACUGAAGAGCACCUCCUCACCAACAAGGCGGCUAUCGACAUGUAUAACGACGCCGACUGGGAGAGGACACACCGAAAGCUGCUGGCUAAUAUAAUACGGAGGCAUCACGCUUUGAUCAGGCUUGCAGGAGACGUAGAGAACUUGUUUAGCUUCGCGCUACUGGUCAACUUUUUCAACAGUUCCAUCAUCAUCUGCUUCUGUGGGUUCUGCUGUGUUAUCGUUGAGAAAUGGAACGAAAUGGUCUAUAAAUCGUUCCUGACGACGGCACUGUCCCAAACAUGGCUGCUGUGCUGGUACGGUCAGAGGCUCCUGGAAUCGAGUGAAGGCGUGUCAGACGCUUUAUACAACAGCGGAUGGUACAAAGCCACGAAGAAAAUUAAGAGCUCCAUUCUGAUUAUGAUUCACAGGUCACAAAAGGAAGUCCACGUAACCACAUACGGAUUCUCUGUAAUUUCGCUUGCAAGCUACACUACGAUUAUCAAAACAGCGUGGUCGUACUUCACACUGCUUCUCAACAUUUAUAAACAGUAGAUAUUUGUAACUACCUACAUAAAUACAAAAAUAA